GUCGCGCAAUGCUUGCGGGAUCUGACGUCGAGAGCAAGAGCCCCUCCAUCAAUCGCAAAAUAUAUACUGAUGCUCCCUUACUGCCUCAUUUAAACUCUACAUACAUACAGCUACCUAUUGUAACUAUCCUAGUACCGACCCGACACUUCUGUCCGAUACAUCCGGAAAUAUAGGUAGGUAUUUAUAAUUAAAAGAUUACCUAGGUAUACCUGUCUUCUUAAAGCCUUUCGACGCUAUAAAGUAAUCCACCACUCCACCCUCCUCAAUAUUCCGACAUAUACGCACAAUCCACGAUGUUCGAUGUCCUAUAUCCGUAGUCAUGGUUGUCAGAAUGGUCCUCCGGGCUACUGCCCCUUGUCCGGGCUGCCUCGGCUUGAAUAGACCACAAUUAAGUCCAUGGCUUUCACCGUCGCGUAGUGGCACGCGCAUCUUCGCGACGUCGCAAUACUCCUUACGAAAGCCUCAUAUCCUGAGCUUGACCUCGAAUACGCAACCGGGUAUAGCCAAGUUUAGCUCCAAUGCCGCCAAUAAGCCGCCCACCACGCAGAAAGAUCCUCUCGCCACGAUCGAUAAAAGCGCCCAGGAGCAACGAAAAGCGGACUGGGCAAUAAUGAAAGAGAUGGCGCAUUACCUAUGGCCAAAGCAUGGCUUCGACACUAAAUUACGCGUGUCAUUGGCUGUUGUACUUCUCGUCGGAGCCAAGGUGUUAAACGUCCAAGUACCCUUCUACUUCAAGAGCAUUGUGGAUGCUAUGAAUAUUGACGUGGGAGAGACGGGUGGCACCGCCGCUAUGAUAGCUGGAAGCAUGAUAGUAGCAUACGGCGCAACGAGGAUAGGGGCUACUGUUUUCCAAGAGCUGCGAAAUGCCGUAUUUGCCUCGGUAGCACAGAAAGCUAUACGGAAGGUUGCUUGUAAUGUCUUUGAUCACCUACUACGCCUAGACCUUAACUUCCAUCUCACCAAGCAGACUGGUGGUUUGACAAGGGCUAUCGACCGAGGUACCAAAGGUAUCAGCUUUCUACUUACCAGUAUGGUAUUUCAUAUCUUCCCCACGGCUUUGGAGAUCGGCAUGGUAUGUGGAAUCCUCACUUGGCAAUAUGGCGCGCAAUAUGCUGCCAUCACGGCUGUCACGAUGACCGCGUAUACUGCAUUUACUAUCUGGACCACCUCUUGGCGAACCAAGUUUCGAAGGCAGGCCAACGCCGCAGAUAACAAGGCCUCGACAGUAGCCGUCGACUCGUUGAUAAACUACGAGGCCGUCAAGUAUUUCAACAACGAAAAGUUUGAAGUUUCUCGAUACGACAAGGCGCUUCAGGAAUACGAAAAGAGCUCCAUCAAGGUUGCGACUUCGUUAGCUUUGCUCAACAGCGGCCAGAACAUCAUCUUCUCGAGUGCCCUGACAGCCAUGAUGUACCUUGCCGCCAACGGCGUGGCAAGCGGCUCCCUGACAGUUGGCGACUUGGUCAUGGUCAACCAGCUCGUCUUUCAGCUUUCCGUCCCGUUGAACUUUCUAGGUUCGGUUUACCGAGAGCUCAGGCAAUCCCUUCUUGACAUGGAGACUCUCUUCAACUUACAAAAAGUGAAUGUUACUAUUAAGGAACUCCCUGAUGCGAAGCCGCUUCAUCUUUCUAAAGGAGGCGAGAUUAAGUUUCAGAAUGUAAACUUCGGCUACAAUCCAGAGCGCCCCAUCCUCCGGGAUCUAACAAUGACAAUUCCUGCCGGUAAAAAGGUCGCUAUCGUAGGUCCAAGUGGGUGUGGAAAAUCUACAAUAUUAAGACUCCUUUUCCGAUACUAUGAUGUUGAGAAUGGCCGCAUUCUCAUCGAUGAUCAAGACAUUCGUCACGUUACGCUAGAAUCGCUGCGAAAAUCCAUCGGUGUUGUCCCGCAAGACACUCCACUUUUCAACGAUACCGUUGAACAUAACAUCAAGUAUGGUGAUCUGUCGGCGCCCCCAGACCGAGUGAUCGCAGCCACCAAACGUGCUCAAAUCCAUGAUAUUAUUUCUAGCUGGCCUGCCGGAUACCACACCAAGGUUGGCGAGAGGGGUAUGAUGAUCAGUGGAGGAGAGAAGCAACGUCUUGCAGUCGCCAGGUUACUACUAAAGGAUCCGCCUCUGCUAUUCUUUGAUGAGGCGACGAGCGCACUGGACACACAUACGGAACAGGCACUCAUGCAAAACAUUAAUAGUAUCCUCCGGGAAAAGGCACGGACGAGCGUGUUCGUAGCCCAUCGAUUACGAACUAUAUACGAUGCCGACUUGAUCAUCGUAUUAAGGGAAGGCAGAGUGGCCGAACAAGGGACGCACAAAGAGCUUAUCGACCAAGGUGGGCUAUACUCGGAGCUCUGGAGCGCUCAAGAAACUCUGUUCAACUCCGACGGAAAGAAAGAAGGAGUUGUUAGCGAGAAAAGUAAAUGAAAGGAAUGUCAGCUUUCAAAAGCCUCGGCCACGACGAACAUGUUAAGUGUUCGUUGAUCUUGGGUAGAAUAGAGCUAUGCAGACAUCCUUUGGGGAUCGCGCCCGAUCGAAAUAGUCAUUUUUAAGAAUCCUAGGGGCUAUGGUAGGGCAUAGUAACCUGAGUGUGUUGUAUAAAAUAAGCAGUUGUGUAGUAGCAACAUCGUAACCCAUGGAGAACUCCGCGAAGAACAUGAUGACUUCAAGGUACUACCUAUGCUUCUGGCGGGGGGAUAGUCAGCAGUGUCUGUUGAAUAAACUCUAGUGCAGGUUUAGUAGCUACCAUGACUAUUCUCCAAGGCACUAUCGCCUCACUGGAUCUACAACCCCCAGUUUAGAUCAAAACGCUCAUCCCACUAGUGUAUUAGAGUGCGAUCCUCGUAGGUCAGUGUCC